UUCACCCUUGGCAGAUAUAGCCGCCGAAAUGAAAACUUUGAAGAAGCCAUCUGAUUGGCUGCGCGACUUGGCUUUCGCACGGAUUUUACUAAUAGACGCUUUACACAUAAAUCAAUUCUUAUAUAAAAAUUAUAAAAAGAAACUAAUAAAUUUGGUAUGAUUUAGUGUGAAAUGAUUAUGAUAUGAUUGAUUAUCGACGACCCACUUUUUAAAUGAAUAUUUCAAGACAUGCUGUUAGUUUUUUUCAAAAUUUGCAUCGAUUCAUUUUGCGUAUUUUAGUUUCGAAAAUUUCAACCAAUGAAAAUCCAUGAUAAAUCAAACAAAAUGGAUGCGCCCACAUGCAGAACGUGUCGGGCCAUUCUUGACAAGAAAUCAAGGAGAACAAUUUUUUCCUCAACGUUUGAAUUCACUCAACAGUUAUGUGAAGUGUUGGGAUCAAUCCCAUCUCCAAAUGACGGCUCGUAUGUGUGUAGUCAAUGCUAUUCAAAAUUACGGAAGUUGUAUAAAAUUGACUAUGACUUAUUGCACAAGAUGGAAGAUUUGAGAAAGGAGAAAGGAGAAGUAAUUAAAUCGUUUCGUCAAAAUCUGACGUUGGGUAAUGUAAGUGCGACCGCUACCAUGAUCGAAUUAUCAUUGAGAAACGAGGACACGCUGACACCAAUAGAGAAUGUAAUCUCAGAUGAUUCCAACUUGGAGUCAAAGAGAAGUAGGCAGGGAGUUGGACUGUCACCAACUCCAAGGAAAAUAAAGAAAAGUAAACCAGUUUCUGCAAAGACUCCAGAUAAACCCAAGCGAAAGCCAUGUAUUAAACUUUUUACACCCAGUAAAAUUAAGGUGUUGUUCAACACUGGAAAACAGAUCAAAUCUAGACUUGUGAAGGAUGCUGAACUAAAACGAGUUGUCAAAGCCAUAUCAAAUGGACAGCCUAAACGAAAGAUAGCAAUGAUAGCAUAUAACUCUUUUCUGAAAGAGGAAUUCAUUAGCUGCGUUAUCAGUGACAUAAAAAAAGACAUUACAAAGUUGGUAUCCAAAAAGGCAAAUUGCUGCUUAAGAAGUACAAAGUGUGACAACUUAUCUAAUUUCAAAUUUGACAGAUUACUUUUUGAGAUACAGUUACAUGCUCCCAUAUUAUACAAAACUCUGUCGCAUUCUCUCAAAGAUUCCCACGUUGGAAUAGCAGUAACCACAGCCAUUAUUACGAGAAACAAAAAUAUGCAUAUGUCUGCACUACAUCACAUUGUUGCUCAAAUUUUGGAUCACAGUGGGACAACAGAUGAGUGCAUUUCCUUGUUCCAAAAAAUGGGACUGAGUGUGUCCUCCUCAGCAGCAACUAAGAAGAAGGCAGAUCUAGCAGAGUACCAGACUGAGCACAUCAACUCGACAGUCAUCAAUGAAAAAAAGGCACUGGAAACUUUAGCUCGUGUAUCAGCAAUUUUACAAGUUGACUUCUGCUGGGGAAGUAGGUACUUUAAGUCAGCUGCGAAAUGUUGUUCACAGAAUAGAUGUCCAUGGUGGCGAUGAAGUCAUUCAGAAGUACAGAGCUCACUAUGCAUUUCUGAUGGACUGCUUGGAUGCCUUCACCGCAGGAGCAUGCCUACAUCUUCUGGACAUGGAGAAUUUGGAUUCUGAACCGAACCGAAAACAAGAGAUUUUUGAGACCCAAUCUGCAGAA